CUUCUUCUUCUUCUUCCCUAGUAUCCCGUAUCACUUUUCGUCCGCUCUUUCUCUCUCUUGAAAUUGUGCUCUCCAGGAGGGAAUUUUCUCUCUCUUUCUUCUGUUUAUCCCUUUCCUCUCCAAAGGGUUUUGAUCAAAUUCCUCAUACUGAUAAAGUGUAAUCGUCAAGAUUCCUCCUGCUGAAGAUCGGGGUAAACCAAUUUAGGGUUUUUCCCAUCCCAUCCAAAUUCGCCGGGCGGGAAAGAAAACUGGCAGCCAAUCGCCGCAAGUUCGGAUUUUAUUUGUCAGGGAGAGAUAGAGAGGGAAGGGAGAGAACGACAAGUCUUGGAAUCGGGCAGUGAUCGGAUUGAUUGGGGGGGAAAGAGAGAUUCAGCGGCUUUGGAGAUACGCGAGACGAAGAAGAGCAAAUGCCGGAGGAAGAUUUUGUGGAGCUCAAGUUCAGGUUGUACGAUGGAACCGAUAUUGGUCCAUUUAGGUAUUCGCCGGCUUCUACGGUUGCUGUUCUGAAGGAAAGAAUCGUCGCUGAGUGGCCAAAAGGUAAUUACUCCUGGCUCUUGGCUUGGUUUGAGAAAAUGUCUAUAGCUGUAUUGGAUAAAAAAAAUGCACCCAAAGGAGCAAAUGACAUCAAACUGAUAAAUGCUGGAAAGAUUUUGGAAAACAGCAAGACCGUUGGCCAGUGUAAGGCCCCUUUUGGAGAUCUACAGAAUGGUGUGAUUACCAUGCAUGUCGUCGUGCAGCCAUCUUUGGCCAAAGCAAAGACAGAGAAAAAGGUCGACGAUGCUCCAAGAAAAAAUCUAUGUUCGUGUACCAUAUUGUGAGAAGGCGCUUUGGGUUUGUUGAUUUGUUCAACUUAGGGAGGAGGGGAAGGAGCUUUUAUACCGGCGGUGGUGUUGGUCCUGUUCAAAAUCUGAGGAUCGUGAUGGAUAUGAGUUGUAAGAAUGCUGUAUACAUCCUCUCACUGCCAAAACAUGUCUCUUUGUGUGUCAGGGGCUGGGGUUGAGUUCAGUCCUGCCCUUUUGAUUGUAUGUUGUGAUAAAAAAAAAUGUAUUCCUACAUUUUGAUUGAAAAUUUGUGUACCUUGUUCCUCAACACUACUGCUAAAUGAUAUAUAUAAAUCUUGCCCUUUUCUUUCAUGCGGUCUCUUCAUCCAACUCUCAUGUAAAGUGUUCUGAUAACUUGCUCUUUGUUUGUUCAAGCCUG